GGUCAGAGGGGCUGCCCUUUCCACCUCCAUUCAUACUCUGAAAGGCUGAUGUUGCGUCUCUCUCUCUCAUUGUGCACACUCGCUCGCUGUUAGGGGAAAUCGACCUGAAUGAGAGUUGGCCCGUUGUUGCGAGGGUUUUUGGUUAAAGCGGCAAAUAUUGCAUGCAACCGAGCUGCAUUUUGCGCGCGUCGUCUUGGAUAUUUGUUCUGUUCAGUCCAGCACGUGGGAACUCGUCUCGUUCUUUGGAAUUGCAACAACUCUCCUCUUGGCGCAGGGCGAGCUAAUUUCCUCGAUGUUUACGUGCAAAACGGACGAUAGCAAUUACACAUCGGCCGUGGACAUAUUUCAGAUUUGAACCCCUGUAGGAGGAAUGGAUUUACCCGGUUGGCGACUUAUGCAAAAAAGCAAUAAUGUAUAAAAUCCCUCUACAACUUUUCGAGGCUUUGCAGCGUAAACGUUGGAAUAAUGCGCCCGACGUAAAUAAACUAGUAAAAGGAUGGAUACGUCCGUAUUUGGUGCUCCUCCUGGUUUGCACAUUUCCAGAACUUUCUUUUUGUUCAAGUGAUGCAGGAUCCACAGUUGAACACGAAGGAUUUUGUCCCAAUAAGCUGAAUUCCAAUCUCUGGGUUGAUGCGCAAAGCACCUGCGAAAGAGAAUGCAACGUCGAUGAGGACUGUGCUGAUUUUGAGAAAUGCUGCACCAACGUGUGUGGUCUCAACAGCUGCGUGGCUGCACGUUUCUCCGAUGGCACCCCUGCCCAGCCAGACGGGGAGGCAGGAGGAGACGGAAAUAAUGCCCCCAACUCCACAGCCACCUGUGAGGACUUCAUUUGCAGCCAGCAGGGAGCAACCUGUGACAUCUGGGAAGGACAGCCCAUCUGCAAGUGCCAGGACCGGUGCGAGAAAGAGCCCAACUUCACGUGCGCUUCGGAUGGCCUCACAUACUUCAACCGCUGCUACAUGGACGCGGAGGCCUGCAUUCGUGGGGUGACUUUAACGGUGGUCCCCUGUCGCUUUUACCUGGCCGGGCCCCACACCAGUCCACUGCCCCGGGACACUACGGCUAACCCAACUCCGACAUCGUCCCAGGAGGACCCCGUGCCCCCCGCGCUGUACUCCAACCCUCACCACCAGUCCGUCUACGUCGGAGGCACAGUCAGCUUCCACUGCGACGUCGUGGGAGCCCCCAGGCCUGAUGUAACUUGGGAGAAACGGAACGAACGGCGCGAGCAGCUUGUAAUGAGGCCUGACCAGAUGUAUGGCAAUGUAGUUAUCACCAACAUCGGUCAGCUUGUGAUUUACAACGCCCAGGUGUGGGACACGGGCAUCUACACGUGCAUCGCACGGAAUUCCGCUGGGGUUCUUCGCGCGGACUACCCGCUGUCUGUCAUCCGCCGGGCCGGCGAUGAUUUCUCCGAAGAUCCUGAGAUGCCCAUGGGAAAACCAUUCUCGCCAGCAGACUGCCACGCCGAAGUAGACAUGAGAGUGUGCAGUGGGGAGCGUCACGUGGACUGGUACUAUGACAGCAAGCAGGGCUCCUGCAUGGCCUUCACCAACGGUGGAUGCGACGACAGCCGCAACCGAUUUGAGACCUAUGAGGAGUGUAAGGCUUCCUGUCAGAGGGAAGGGACGGGCAUCUGCUUCCUGCCUGCUGUCCAGGGCCCUUGUAAAUCUUGGGAGCCACGUUGGGCCUGGAAUUCCAUCUUGAAACAGUGCCAGGCCUACGCUUAUGGUGGCUGCCAUGGAAACGCCAACAGCUUCAGCACCAAAAAGGAGUGUGAGGCAAACUGCCCACAGCCCAAAAAGAAACCGUGUAAGACCUGUCGAGUGAAGGGGAAAAUGGUGCCCAGCUUGUGCAGGAGCGACUUUGCUAUUGUGGGCCGGCUGACAGAGCUGGUGGAGGAUCUGGACUCGGGGUUGGCCCGCUUUAGCUUGGAGGAAGUCCUGAGAGAUGAAAAGAUGGGGUUGACUUUCUUCAAUACCAAACACCUAGAGGUGACUAUUGCCAAGAUAGACUGGAGCUGUCCCUGUCCCAACAUCACCAUGGAGGAAAACCCUCUGCUGGUGAUGGGUGUAGUGCAGGACGGCAUGGCCAUCAUCCAAUCCGACAGCUAUGUCAGAGCCAUAACUGAACGCAGACUAAAGAAGCUACGUGAGGUCCUGAAUAAAAUGACCUGUGCGGUAUUGUAAAAGUCACGGGACUGUGGUCACUUUGACCUUUAGCACUGAAUAGGGACAUUAGAAUUGGAAACUGAUAUUUAAUACAGUUCUAUAUCAAAUGACACAAAUGACUUAUUUGUUAAUGUAGAUAUGAGAUAUAAUUUGCAUGUACAAUAUAUAUUCAUUUCAACACAGGUUGAGGUACAUUCCAGGUGUGUUGCAAGUCCAUCAAUAUCAAUGAAAUGUUAUUAGAAAUUAGUUAAAAUAUAGAUAUGCUUUUUGUCAUGCGUUUCUAAAAAAAAAAUAAU